ACUCGAUCUCAACAGCCGAAUUCUUUCCUUAUAAAAAGCGCUCUUUCUUGGCCUUCUAGGAAGGAAUAUCGAGAGAGAUGGGUGGGUGUGCGACUAAGCCGAAGGUCUUGAAGGAGGCGCAGGCUCCGGGGCCUGAGAAGGAGGAGAAAGCCGGUGCCGCCGACGUGCUUGCUAAGACCGAGAAGGAUCAGCCGCCUCAUGUUGUUGUUUUUAGCGUUACCAAGGCCGAGAAUACUGAUAAGAAGAAGGAAUUAGAUGGUCGUGAUAAAAUCAGGGAGAUUGUCGAUGAUGACAGGGUCGACGAGCAAGAGAGAAAGCGCCGUUCCCUCAGCCACUUGUUCAAGGAGACCCCUGUCCCAGAUUUUGCUGCUCAAAAGCCUGAAACUCCACUUGAAUUGACCGCUGCCAGCUCGGACGUUGUUGAUGCUCCUGAGAAUGCCAAAACAAAGGAAUUAACGACUGAAACCGCACCAGCUGCAGAUACCAAAACUGAUGGAAAGCAAACAGAAGACGCGGAUGUUGAUGAUGCUCUAAGGAAGGUUGAAACAGAGGAAUUAGUAGUUGAACCUAUAGUACCAGCUGUAGAGACCAAAACCUUGGAUGUUCCCAGUGCUCAUGAGAAGGCCGAAACACAGAGACCGAUUGAAACUGCAGUAGGUACAGAAGCCCACAAGGAUGAUACAUCUGAAGAAAAGAAAGCCAACGUAUGAUGGAAGAUAUAUAUAAGGCAUAAAGCGAUUAAGAAUAAAUAUAUAUAAGGAGUACUACUACAGGGAAGGCUGCCUAUAAGAAGCGGCUGCAGCAACCCUAGUAAAGAUGGUUCAUGCAUGGCAACAACUUGAUUAGAGGCGUUGUUUGGAGAUGUUUCUUUCCAGAACCUGAAUUGGAUCACUUUCCUAAAAUCUGCUUGUGCCAUCACUUGCAAUAUAUCUAAAAUAGAAAAUGAUUUUU